ACUGAAUAAUUCAGGCCAGUGUAACUUUCACAUAAUGCAAAAUGAGCAGGGGUUGGGGGUAGGGGUGGGGUGGGGAAGAAACAAGUUGACUUUAAUUUUUUUCACUGUUGUGUAUGAAUAUUAUGAAUAUUGACAAAUUGACAUUUAUUACUAGUGACUAGUGAUGUUAGGGGUCCCUACCAUGUUAACUCAAAGCUAAAUCGACUAAGGACUUAUUUUUCUUUUUCAAUCACGUAACUCGUAUGAUGCAUGCUUCCUUCAAAUAAUUUAGUAGAAAAAAUGGAACAAAAUAGAAAUAAAAUACAAUAAAUACAGGAAAAGGACAAGUGCGUUUGCUUUUCAACUAUACUAGAUUUCUGCAGUACCAUAUUUAUUAAAUAGAUUAGGUUCCUGUAUAUCAACCAGUAACAAUACACAAACAAACAACCUACGUUUAAAGAAGAAAACGUAAGCUGUAUCAAAUAUAUAUAUAUAUAUAUAAUACACUAUUACAACGUUGAAAUCAAGAUGCAGAAGCAAGUAGACUAACCAUGGCCUACCAGUCAAUAAAACAGAUGAUAACUAAGAAAAACUAGAGGAUUAAAUUCCAAUCGAAAAAGAAAUUAGGUGAUUUAUUUCCAUCACAUGUAUUGAUGGAAGCCAAGGAAGGUAGCAAUCGUGAAGUCAAUAAUUUCAUCAAGAAUAUGUGUAGUUUGGGACCGUUAAUCCAAACAUCAGAGAAAAAUUAUAAAAUAUUUCAUUUAAACCAACUUCAAACAUGGACUAUGCCAACUAAAUAAUUGUCUGAAGUGUUUAAGACUGUUAGGUCAAACAUCAUAUACUAUGCUGAAAUGUGUGCAAAUAUACCAUAACACUUUGAUCAUAUGUGAAUGAAGUUCAAUCAUUCCAACAAACAUUCAACUUUGAGUAUGUCUAAAAAUGUUCUCGAAAUGGAUAAAUUUGCAAAAAAAAAAAAAAAGGUUCGCCUAUGACUUAAAUAGUGGUCCCAAAAUCGGAUAUUCGUAUACUUCAGCACAAGCUGUGUGUAAACUAACGUUAGAAAAUAUUAAAUUCAAUUAGGGGCCAUUGCUCCAAGAAAAUAAAUUAGAGUAAAUCCAGAAAAAUUGCGUCUUGCCAUUCGUCAUCAAUCAUCAAUUGCCUAAAUAAAUUCAAAGGUCCUCUUUAUUGGAUGUUUAAUUUGUUAGUAUUUAAUUCCUUCUUGUUUGUUUACAAGGAUAACUUUCUAUAAAUAAUAAAUUUCUACAACUAACCUACAUUAUUAGGGAUUAAACAAAUACCUAUAGCCAGCAAGAUACUUCUUGUUUAAUUUAGAGUACAAAGUCAAGAUCUAAUUAUACUUAUUUAUUCUUGUCUAAGCUGUUAAGAUCUUAAUCCAAGCUAAUAAAACUAGAUAAUUAUCAGACAUAAUACUAAUUCUGAUCAACCAUGGACAGUCUUUAUUUGUAUUUCCCAGUUCUCUUCUUUGUUCUUUAUAUCAUCAGCUAUCAUUUUCUUCACAAGCUACAAAAUCUUCCCCCUAGCCCAUUUCCAGUACUACCUUUUAUUGGCCAUCUCUACUUAUUGGGUAAACCUUUCCAUAGAGCUUUAUUCAAAGUCUCGAAUCGUUAUGGUUCAGUAGUGUUUCUUCAAUUUGGCUCUCGUCCUGUCCUCCUUGUUUCAUCACCUUCAGCAGCGGAAGAAUGUUUUACUAAAAAUGAUAUCAUCUUUGCCAAUCGUCCUGAUUUCCUUAGUGGUAAGCAUUUCGGGUACAAUUUUACUAGCCUUGCCUGGUCUUCCUAUGGAGAGCACUGGAGAAAUCUUCGAAGAAUUUCCUCUAUUGAAGUUUUAUCUUCCUAUAGAAUCCAGACACUAUCUAGCAUCCGUUCUGAUGAAAUAAAUUACCUGAUUCGUAGACUCUUUAGAGUCUCCAUAGAGAGUUCGGAAAAAAUUGUGGAGAUUAAAUCAUCGCUUUUUAACUUCACAUUCAAUGUGCUAUCGAGAAUGAUUGCAGGGAAAAGGUACUAUGGAGAGAAAGUAGAGAACUCAAAAGAAGCUAAGCUUUUCCAGGAUAUAUCAAAGGCUACAAUAACAACAAUUCCAAAGGCUAAUAUUUUGGAUUUCUUGCCAUUUAUGAGGUGGUUUGGUUUGCAUGAUGUAGAGGAGAAGAUGAUGGAACUACAGAAGAAGAGAGAUAACUUUAUGCAAAAGGAAAUAGACGAGCAUCGUCGAUUAAAGACCAACGGUUCUUUUCCUUCAGCAGAGGUUGUGGCAGGGAAGAAGAAAACUAUCAUGGAAGUUUUGUUAGAUUUACAGAAAACAGACCCCGAAUACUACACAGAUGAAACAAUUAGAAGCCUAAUGUUGGUCCUACUCCAAGCUGGAUCAGAUACUUCAGCUGUAACACUAGAAUGGGCUUUUUCACACUUGCUUGACAAUCCAGAAAUUUUAAAGACAGCACAGACGGAAAUUGACAAUAAGGUUGGACAAGACCGCCUAAUUGAUGAAUCCGAUUUGGCUCAGCUUCCUUACAUCCGAUGCAUCAUCAAUGAGACAUUGCGGAUGCAUCCAGCAGCCCCUUUACUUGUGCCUCACCUUUCAUCAGAAGAGUGCAAGGUUGCAGGCUAUCGAGUUCCGCGUGGAACAGUCCUAUUAGUGAAUGCAUGGGGGAUACAUCAUGACCCUAAGGUAUGGAAGGAGCCACAAAAGUUCAAUCCUGAUAGAUUUUUAGGAUUUGAAGGUGUCAAAGAGGGCUGCAAGUUUAUUCCAUUUGGAUCAGGAAGGAGGGGUUGCCCUGGGGAGAACCUAGCAAUUCAUGUCAUUGGAUUGGCACUAGGCUCACUUCUUCAAUGCUUUGAGUGGGAUAAACCCAAUAGGGAGAUCAUCGAUAUGAGUGAAGGCACUGGAUUCACACUUUCACCAAAGGUUCAGCCGCUAUUGGCAAAAUGUUCUCCACGACCACACAUGGUUAAACUUCUUUCUGAAAUCUGAUCCUAAACAAGAUUCUAAUAAUGUAUGCCAUUACUUCCACAUGAAUAACUUAGAAAGUUUAAGAUCCAAUUUUCUUAUUCUGUCACUCAGCGAUGAAACCUUAUAAUAUUAAGUACAAAAAACAAAGAGGAAUCGUGAGGGAAGAAGAGCAAAUCAUUUUUUGAAGCAAGAAUAUAGCAAAGCAUAAGGAAUACGUCAUAGCAUAAGUUCCAUAAUGGUGACUAUAUUACUGCAGAUGAUUCAGUUGUUAA